CAUUGAUGUUCCUAGUUUCCUACCAAUACAAUAUUUUCUUUGUUUCAACUUUCAACUUCACGGAACUCCGGUGGUAGCUGUAUAUUGCUUGUUCCUUCAUCAUUCCAACAGUGAACAACUUUUCUCAAAAUUUAAAAAAAGUCCAUAUUCUAGUACGCUAUAAUGGAUGAUGAAUGGGAUGAUGAUUGCAGCGGUGUAGUGGUUCCUCCGCCACCACCAGUCCAUUCCAACUUAAAUACAUGCGGCGAAGUGGUAAAUUCACGCGGGAGAGGAUUUACAACAUUCACUGAUGAGGAGAAUGAAGAUGGUGUGAACAAGUUCGGAAGUAACGGGUUUGGCGAACGUCGAGGUCGUGGAGGGUUCCGGGGACGAGGUGGUAGAGGAGGGGGGAGAGGAGGCGGCAGGGACAGGCGAGAUGGAGACUCCAACGGAGGCUACGAAAAUGGUGACCGAGGUGACCGAGGUGAGAGGGGCGAGAGAGGCAGAGGGCGCGGCGGUCGCGGAGGCGGCAGAGGCGGGGAGGAGGGGGAGGAGGGCAAGAAGCCGCCCGUGACGUACGUGCCGCCGGAGCCCACCCACGACGAGCACGAGAUAUUCAGCAGCGCCAUCAGCUCGGGGAUCAACUUUGACAAGUUGGACUGUAUCGGAGUGAAGGUAACUGGUGAAAAUCCUCCACGGCCUAUUGAUAGCUUUGAAACAGCAAACCUCAGAAAAUUUGUAUUGGACAAUAUUCUCAAGUCAGGCUAUACAAAACCUACACCUAUACAGAAACAGGCUAUACCUAUAAUUAUGGAUGGCAGAGACUUGAUGGGUUGUGCUCAAACUGGAUCCGGGAAAACGGCUGCAUUCCUACUUCCAAUAAUAAACAUGUUGCUGCAAGACAAUGCGGAGCUCGUCAACGGUCAUUGUUCUCAACCACAGGUGGUCAUAGUGGCGCCGACCCGAGAGCUGACGCUGCAGAUAUUCAACGAGGCUCGCAAGUUCGCGUACGGCUCCGUGCUGAAGAUCGCCGUGGCCUACGGGGGCACGGCCGUGCGGCACCAGACGGAGCAGAUAGCCAGAGGGUGCCACAUCCUCGUGGCCACUCCAGGCCGCUUGCAGGACUUCGUGGACCGCAACCGUGUGUCGUUCGAGAGCAUUCGCUUUGUGGUGCUCGAUGAAGCUGACAGAAUGUUGGACAUGGGCUUUAUGCCUGCCGUCGAAAAGAUAAUGGACCACUCAUCAAUGGUGGCCUGUGGUCAACGUCAAACAUUAAUGUUCUCCGCUACAUUCCCGGAAGACAUCCAGCAUUUGGCCGGCAGAUUUCUCAAUAAUUACUUGUUCGUGGCCGUGGGAAUAGUGGGCGGGGCCAGCGCAGAUGUCGAACAGAUUUUCCAUUUGGUCAGCAAGUAUGAGAAGAGGGAGAUGCUGAAGAAGAUAGUUGAAGAAAAUGACGGUAAACGUAUCCUGGUGUUUGUGGAGACCAAGCGGAACGCAGACUACAUGGCGUCCUUGCUGUCGGAGCAGCAGAAGAUGACCUCCUCCAUCCACGGCGACCGGCUGCAGAGCGAGCGCGAGGAGGCCCUCCACAACUUCAAGAGCGGCCGACACUGCAUCCUCGUGGCCACGGCCGUGGCCGCCAGGGGCCUGGAUAUCAAGAAAGUGGACAUCGUAUUAAACUACGACCUGCCGAAGAGUAUCGACGAGUAUGUGCACCGGAUUGGCAGGACCGGCCGCGUGGGGAACAGAGGCAUGGCUGUGUCCUUCUACGACCCUGACAUUGAUGCACCACUCAGUGCAGACUUGGCCAAGAUCCUGCGUCAGGCUGAGCAGCCGGUACCAGACUUCUUGGAGGGAGGAGGAGGCACAACCUCAUUUAAGGCCAACAAAUACGGUGGCAGCGAUAUCAGAAACUUUAAAAGUGAAAACACUGCACCUGACGCUGGACUGGAGCCAGAAGAGGAGUGGUAGGAGAGUUCAGACUUCUGAUAUUACCAGUGGUCGAUGUUCACUUGCAGCAUGUGGUGCGUUUACAUCAUUGGUGCUUGAGCAGGCGCGGCAGCUUCCACUUACUUGUAUGUGUGAGACUGGUGCUACAUGUCUUGUUGUAUGCUACAGUGAAACUUACAGAGGCCAUGCCGUCUGAUUACAUCUCCAUUACAUCAGGAGCCAACUUUAUUCACGGCCAGUUAGGGGUGUACCCUUCUCAAAAUUAGUUACAAAUGUAUUGUAUUAAUUAUACAAAGAUAUUUUACUGUACAAAACCUACACAAAAUAUAGUAUUGAACCUUUGCAGUGUGCUAUUAUGUAGGUGUUUGUUUAAAUUGUAAAAUUUCAAAAUGUGCUUUCAAUACAUUAUUUCUAGGUUUUUAAAUGUGAUAACUGUGGGAAUAAUGUUAGCUUUUCUUAAUGGUCAUUUCAUGUUUUCUAAUGUAAAUGUUACUCAAUGCUCUGUUGUCAUUAAGCGUGUACACAGUCUUAUAUUUAUAAGUGAAUGGAGUCCACUCAUAAAUCAAUAUAUUUAGUUACUAACAAACCCUACCAAGACUGCAGUUACUAAUGUCAAGUAUUCUAGUAUAUAAGUUGUACAUGUAUAAUGUGUUUAUGGUCACCCUCGCUAUGUUCAAGUCCAUUGAUACAAAUGACAAUGUUGUCGGUACUUACUCAUUAAUUUACAAUUAUUUUUGUUUCUUUAGUUAUAAGUGUUUUUUUACUAGUGUAUUUUGUUUAACUAAUAGCACGGUGUGAUCUGUGAUGUAUUGUUAGUGUUGGAGGUUCAUAGUUUAUAGUUAUGCUGACGUCUUGAGUAUGUUUUGUUUGAAUCUCCGAGACCAACAGACAUAGCCACUUCCUCGUUUGAGCACUUGUUAACAAUAAAAUUAUAUGUACAAAUUUUGUAUUAAACUCAUAGGUUAUAUUUGUCUGUGAUGAUUACUAUAAGAAGAUUAUCACCUAAGGUAUCACCUAGGUUAUUGACACAUAGUUUGGCCGAUGGUUGAUUGUCUGCCAAUUGAAAGCAGGGUAUGAUUCUGUUGCAAAGCCGGUUCAUAGGCAGAUAAAAAUUCAGUGAUUAGAUUUAUAUAGAACCGUAAGGUACAAAUAAAAAAAAAAUUUUUUUUUUAGAUUUAGGUCUUUGUAAGAGAAUGUGAAUGAUGAAUAAAAACUUAAUUUUGA